CCCCGCGCCCCCCGCGCCUAGCUUGCGGGGGGGCCGGGCCUGCGGGCGGCCGGCGCGGCGCGCACCCAUGGACGGUCCGGCCAUCAUCACCCAGGUGACCAACCCCAAGGAAGAUGAGGCCCGGUCGCCCGUCGCGGGCGAAAAAGCUUCCCAGCGCAACAUCAGCCUAAAGAAGCAGAGGGGUCGGAGUAUCCUUAGCUCUUUCUUCUGCUGCUUCCGAGACUACAAUGUGGAACCCCCUCCACCCAGCAGCCCCAGUGUGCUUCCGCCACUGGUGGAGGAGAACGGUGGGCUUCAGAAGGGUGACCAGAGGCAGGUCAUUCCCGUACCAAGUCCGCCAGCCAAAUACCUCCUUCCAGAGGUGACGGUGCUCGACCAUGGAAAGAAAUGUGUGGUCAUUGAUCUAGACGAAACCUUGGUGCACAGUUCGUUUAAGCCCAUUAGUAAUGCUGACUUCAUUGUUCCGGUUGAAAUCGACGGAACCAUACACCAGGUGUACGUGCUGAAGCGGCCGCACGUGGACGAGUUCCUCCAGAGGAUGGGGCAGCUCUUUGAGUGUGUGCUCUUCACCGCCAGCUUGGCCAAGUACGCAGACCCUGUAGCUGACCUCCUGGACCGCUGGGGCGUGUUCCGGGCCCGACUCUUCAGAGAAUCCUGUGUUUUCCAUCGAGGGAACUACGUGAAGGACCUGAGUCGCCUGGGACGGGAGCUGAGCAAAGUGAUCAUCGUGGACAAUUCUCCUGCCUCCUACAUCUUCCACCCUGAGAACGCAGUGCCUGUGCAGUCCUGGUUCGAUGACAUGACAGACACGGAGCUGUUGGACCUCAUCCCGUUCUUCGAGGGCCUAAGCAGGGAAGACGAUGUCUACAGCAUGCUCCACAGACUCUGUAGCAGGUAGCCCUGGCCUUGGCCCGUCUGUGCCUGUGCACUCUGGAACCCCUGGCUCAGGGGACCCGCCCGGCCUCCGCUCCCCGAGUGGAGCCUGGGAAGACUCCAUGCUUUGGGCCACAAGGUGAAUGUCUCCAUGCCUACCUGGUUUGUUUGUUGUUUUUUUUUUUUUUUUUAAAGAACAGAAACAACUAUUUUAAAGAAAAAAACAAAACUCUUUUAAUAGAUUUCAUAAACGGACGUGCAUUUUACCAGAUUCAAUUUUCUUAAAACAUACCAAAAAGAAAAAAAGAAAAAGAAGAAGAAGAA